GAAGAAGAAGAAGAAGAAGAACUGCUACAUGUUUAUUUACAUGUGGAGCGGGAAAGUGAGAUGUGAACAGAAAAGGGCAGGCGAUAUGUCUUUGUAAAUGCAUGUUGAAGCCAGGUGUGUACAGAUGGCCAGCUGUCCACUAGUGUUGAAAUGUGUCACAACGGUUGCUGUAAGCGAGUGGGAUCAGUGUGUGAGCGUGACUGGCUUGUGUGGCGCAUGCCCAGUGUGGCUGCAAAGCUCGGCCAAUCAUAUGAGGGAAACAGCACAGCUUCAUUUGCAUGGGGUGAGCACAAAAAAGAGGCACGCGUUGUGCGGUUUCACAUGAUUGUUUGACCGCUGCGAGACAUCAUCAUGCCUGAGCCAGCCAAGUCAGCGCCUAAGAAGGGCUCCAAGAAAGCCGUGAGCAAGACCGCCGGCAAGGGCGGCAAGAAGCGUAGAAAGACCAGGAAGGAGAGCUACGCCAUCUACGUGUACAAGGUGCUGAAGCAGGUCCACCCCGACACCGGCAUCUCGUCCAAGGCCAUGGGUAUCAUGAACUCUUUCGUCAACGACAUUUUUGAGCGUAUCGCCGGCGAGGCGUCCCGCCUGGCUCAUUACAACAAGCGCUCCACCAUCACUUCCAGGGAGAUCCAGACCGCCGUCCGCCUGCUGCUGCCCGGGGAGCUGGCCAAGCACGCCGUGUCCGAGGGCACCAAGGCCGUCACCAAGUACACCAGCUCCAAGUGAGCAGCUCAGCUUUCUCUACAAAAACAAAGGUCCUUUUUAGGGCCACC